AUGCAGCCACUUACAACUACUACUACUCAUGUACUCCGCCGCCCCACGCCACCGGCCGCCUCCAGGACGCCCCCGCCACCUCCACCUCCAUCCCCGAGCAACCGAGCCGCCCCGCCGCUCCGGCCGCCGGAGCUGCCGCUGCCAUCGGCACUGGUGCCUCCGAAGAAGCGCCGGGUCCUGCGGACUCCGCCCAAGGCCACCAUCCCUUUCCUUCCUGCCCCACCUGUCCCCGUAGCGGUCGCGGUCCCAGUCCCCACCCAACCGCCCCAGGUGGACGACGCAGAGUCGCCUCUGUUUUCGGCCCAAAAACCCUCGCCGCCGCCACCACCUCCACCCGUGGAAAAACCCUCUUCGCCACCGCCACCACCUCCACCCGCGGAAAAACCCUCUUCGCCUCCGCCACCUCCUCCGCCGCCCGCGGAAAACCCCUCUUCGCCGCCGCUGCCGCCACCUCCACCCGCGGAAAAAACCUCUUCGCCGCCAACGCCGACACUCACGGGAAAACCCUCCUCGCCGCCGCCAUCACCUCCACCCGCGGAAAAACCCUCCUCGCCGCCGCCUCUUCCUCCUUCGGCUGUGGACGAGAAACCCUCCGCACCGCCUCCGACCGACGCGGCCACGGAACCGGCUCCCGCAACAAAGCCGCGUAAGAUCACACGAAAGGUACGGACGAUCAAAAGAAGGGUCCCCAAAGGCACGAUCGCAGCCUGGAAGGCUACGGCGGAGGCGGCUUUGGCUGCCGCCGGAGCGUUACAGCCUGGGAAGGGACACGCUCUGGACUAUUCCUCUCAAAAUGCUGCCGCGGUGGAUGAAGUGGUGCAGAAGGAGCAGAGUUUUGGGGGACACACAAUUGAAAAACCGGCCACUGCUGUGUGUGAAACACUAUUGGGUAAGGGGACGGCUGUGUGUGAAACACUAUUGGGUAAGGGGACGGUGCGUGGAGGAACACUAGCCAGUGGGCCGGCAACGGAUAUUGGUGGUGAGCAUGAGGUGAAGAAAUUGGGGAGCAGGGGUGAGGACAGGGCUGAGGUGGUAAUGUCGGAGCGGCAGAGGAGGAUGACAGAGGUGUUUGUCGAUGGACUCAGUAGGGACACAAAGGAGGAGGACGUGAGGGCAGCGCUUUCAGUGGCGGGGGAUAUCACAGAAGUUCGCAUGAUCAUGGAUGCAACGACGAAGAAGAACAAAGGCUACUGCUUUGUGCGCUACCGUGAGUCUGCGCAGGCAAGGAAGGCCAUUGCAAACUUCAGCAACGUUAAGAUUUGUGGAAAGCAGUGUCGAGUUGCAGCUCUGGGUGGGAAUGAUAAAAUCUUUCUUGGGAACCUUGAUAAGAAAUGGAAGAAAGACGAUAUCAUGAAACUACUACAGAAAAUUGGAGUUGAGAACAUUGACGUCGUUACCCUUCCGGCUGACUCUAAUAAUCCAGGCUAUAAUCGUGGAUUUGCAUUUCUUGAACUGGAGACUUAUAAAGAUGCACAGAUUGCAUACAAAAAGCUUUCAAGGAAAUAUGUUUUUGGCAAGGGUUUAAAUAUAAGAGUUGCAUGGGCUGAACCAUUGAAUGGUCCAGAUGAAAAACAGAUCCACAAGGUUCUGAGGGAGAUGGUUCCCUGGAGACAUGAACAUACUGGUUCAGCAGGAAGGCUUACUCAAAAUUAUCCCCGCAUAUUGUCAGGAGAGAAGCGGCCUUUCUCAGCACUUGGGAUUGAUUCUUAUUACAUGGCCCGCAACCCUCACGCAGGACAUGAGAGGAAUACCUAUGCUACGUCAACUUCAAGCUACAGUGCAUCGCCCCCUGCCAUCACCGAGUAUUCUCCUCCAUAUCAUCAUGAAAGCAGGAGAUACCGACUAGAUUCAGAUUCUGUACUAUCAGAAGAACCAUGGGGUGGGAUUCAGGGGCUUCCACAGACUGACUGCAGCUAA